UCUCCCCACCCCUCCAAGAAAAUCGUCGAGCAAAGCUACGACAAGAUCGCUCCCGCAUACCUAGAAUGGACAUCCUCCUUCCCUUCUCCCCGCCUCACUUACCUCCAUAAACUGCUUCCCUUGCUGCCCCCUCCCGCUUCAGCAUCAAUCCUAGAGCUCGGCUGCGGCGCUGGCGUCCCUUGUACCCAGAUCUUGGCUCGGCACGCGAGCUCGCUCAUUGCGGUUGACAUUUCUGCUACGCAGCUGGAACUUGCUAGAGGGAAUGUUAAAGGGGAAGGAGGGGAGGGGAGAGCGGAGGUUGAGUUUGUGAAGAGCGAUAUGCACGCUCUUUCCUUCCCUGAUGAGGCGUUCGAUGCAGUGGUGGGGUUUUAUUCCAUUAUUCAUCUUCCGAGGGAAGAGCAGGUUGCGCUGAUGAAGAGAAUUGAGAGCUGGUUGAAGCCGGGAGGAUAUUUUCUGGCGAACUUUUCGGCGAGUGCGUGUGAGGAGGCCUGGCAGGAGAGCUGGUUGGCAGAGGGGAGUGGGAUGUUUUGGAGUAGUUGGGAUGAGGGGAAGACCAUGGAGAUGGUGAAAGAGGCGGGGCUGGAGGUGUUGGAGGGGAGUGUAGUGUGGGAGGAUGAGGGGCUGGUUGGGGGACGGAAUGUGGGAUUUCUUUGGGUGCUUGGGAGGAAGGGGGGCGAG